GGUAAUAUAACACAAGAAAGCUACAAAUGGCACUUUUCAAUUUAUCGACAUAUGUCAGACACUAUAAUUUAGAAUAGGCGUGGAAUUUUAAUAGAAAAGAUUUAAUUUCCUGAUACGACCUUUCAUUUGUCUUUUGUUAUGCCACUGACAUUAUAUGCUAAAGUCACGGAAAACCGAUCUAAACAUACGGAUACCUGGAGUGCAAUCAGUAUGCUGUAUUUAGCAAGUCUUAUCUUCCUUAUUCAAAGUAUGUUCAUAUUAUGCGUUGCUGAGUUUCGAACCCAAACAUUUGAAAUGGAAACAGGAAUAAAAAUUGUUGCAGAACCAACAAGAGCUGAAAUAAGUGGGGUAGCAUCUAGACUUACGUGUGCUGGAAUGUGUUCAAGUUCAAAUACGUGUUGUUCUUCAAGUUACGAGAAUACGACAUGCUAUCUAGACUCUAUCUGCAAUCCUGUAACAGAAAUAUGUAAUAAUGCUGUGACGAUUAGGAAAAUUAUUAAUUGCCAACAAGAAAAUGUAAAUGGUUUUUGCAACGUUGCAUACAGACGACAAACCUCACAAUCAACCACAUAUAUUGAUCAGCCUCAGACGAGCGGACAUUCUUGCAAUGGAGUAGACGGAUUGGAAUUCACAGAUUUCUUUACAGGAUCAUGUGUACACACAAUGACUGAAUCUUCACCCUGGUGGCAGGUAGAUUUAGGAGCAGUUUAUACGGUCGAAUUCAUCAACAUUUCUGCAAGAAAUGAUUUCCCAGAAUAUUUUCACUAUGACAAGUUUAGCAACAUUCAAAUAACAGUUGAUGGACUUUCAUGUGCAAAUUACGCAGGACCGCCUGCAUUGUCGGAAAUAAAUGAACCUAUAACAAUAACUUGUGCAGCUAGUACAACAGGACGACACCUUAAAAUAGAAAGACAGGUAUCUGGAAAUUUACAGUUCUGCGAAAUCAGAGUCUUUGCAAGUCUUACCACAUGUCCAAAUCCUGUAGAGGCAUGGACCUGCCGGGAUAUUCCAAGCAUUUGUGAAUAGGUUUAGUCUUGUGGUUAAUUAACGUUACAUUGUACGGAAGAAUGUUUUUGUGCAAAUACGUAUGGUGACGUGUAUAGAUACAAAAGUAUGAAGAUGUGAUUUGAUUGCCAAUAUAUGAGACAACUUUCCACCAGUAGACCAAUGUUAACACUUACCGUAGUGUUAACAUUGGCACAGUGACAUACUAUAACAAUCGUCUAUAAGUAACACUAACAUUGGGGGAAAAAGCUGAAAGUAAUAUUAUAUUCAUUUUGAGUAAACCAAUUGAGUUAUUUGCUUCUUCAUACUUGACGCAUAUUGUUUCUUCAUACUUGACGCAUAUUGUUUCUUCAUACUUGACGCAUAUGUAAUCUUCAUUAACGUACAAUCUAAAAUGUUAUCAUUUAUACAUAAUGUAUUUGUAAUCUAUAAACCUAAGCAUGUUCUUAUUUUCAAAUAUUUUGUUUUUAAAAAGAACUAAAAAAAGUAAUAUAUAUAACAUUAAUGGAUUUUAACUAUAUAUGUAAUAGAACACUGACUUAAUUUUCAUGAUAUUG